UUGCGAGGACACAUCGACGAGAUGAGGAUCAAGAGUGGUCGACCCGUUGUCUCGCUGAGACUACCAGCCCUCUUCAGAUGGUUGGUUUUGUGUAGCGCUUUAUUUUGCCUUCUCUGCAUUUCCAUGUACAAGUUCCCGGACAGGCUUCCACUUCCGCUGCAGAAAGGCAUGUGGAUGUGGCGUUCAUUUUUUCGGCCGUCUUUCACAGUCGACUACCGUGGCAACUCUUUCGUGAUGAACGGCGAGCGUAUCCGGAUUAUGUCGGGCGCCAUCCACUACUUCAGGAUUCUGCCUGACCUCUGGGAGGACCGCCUCAAGACAAUGCAGGCGUCCGGCUUGAACACGAUAGAAACCUACGUCGAGUGGAGCAGCCACGAGCCCGAGCCUGGCCAGUACGAUUUCGAAGGGCAGCAGGACCUUGUGCGCUUUCUCAAGAUCGCCCACAGACUCGGCUUCAUGGUCAUCCUCCGGCCGGGCCCCUAUUGCGCGGAACGAGACAUGGGAGGUCUUCCGUACUGGCUCCUACAAAAUGGCUCGUCGAUAAAGCUUCGGACCAUGGACGAAAAUUACAUCUACUAUGUCGAUAGAUAUCUCAUUAAAGUCUUUGAGAAGGUACGCCCACUCCUCUUCAAAAACCACGGACCAAUCAUAAUGGUACAGCUGGAAAACGAGUACGGCUCUUACGAGGCUUGCGACGGCAACUAUACGCUGCACCUGAAAAACCUCACGAUGACCCACCUCGGGCGACACGUGGUUCUGUUUACAACGGACGGCGCUUUCGACGACACAAUGAUUAAAUGUGGUCGCGUCAAAGGAACACUCACCACCGUCGACUUCGGUGCCGGUUCUGAUGUGCAAAAUGCAACCUUGGUUCGGCGGCGUUACCAACCAUCGGGCCCUUUCAUGAACUCUGAGAUGUACACUGGAUGGCUGGACAACUGGGGUCUGCCUAAGAGCCGCGUUGACACGCCUGUUCUGAUCGACACUCUCCGCCAGCUGCUCGACAUGGGCGCAUCUUUCAACCUGUACAUGUUUCAUGGUGGAACUAACUUCGGUUUUAAAUCUGGUGCCAAUGACAACGGUGCCUUCCAGCCACAGAUUACCAGCUACGACUAUGACGCGCCCCUCACCGAGGCUGGCGACACUACUGAUAAGUUCAAGGCCAUACGUGAACUUAUCGAUAAGGUUUAUCCUGGCCGAGUGACAGCACCCGUACCACGUCCGAAAAAAAAGAUGGCUCUUUAUGGCAUCACAAUGAAAAGAAUGUUUGGCCUGAAGACACUCCGGCAGCUGAUGAACCACACAGUGCAAUCGACCUACCCACUUACGUUCGAGCGAGUUGGCCACGCUUACGGCUUGAUGCUGUACGAGACCACCGCCCCCUCCAAAGUGGGGGCGUCCCCGCUUCUGAAGGUGCCCGGAAUACGGGAUCGAGGCUAUAUCUACGUCGAUGACGUGUUCAAGGCCAUCAUUUCCCGUAGCGACCAGUUGUUCGAAGCCAUCAUCGAGAUAAAAACCGGACAGAGGCUGUCCAUCCUCGUGGAGAACCAGGGCCGCAUAAACAUGGGAGCUAUCGUCGACCCCAAGGGCAUUGUAGAAAAUGUAACUAUCGAAUCCAUGGUCCUGAAAAAAUGGACGAUGCGGCCCAUCAACCUCGCCCAAGGCAGUUGGCUUCGGGACUACAGGUCACUCAAGCAGCUUGUAGACCCACGGGAGCCAGUCACGAACAAAGGAUUUGCGGUGUUCGCGGCCGAUUUCAGGCUGCCGGAAGGCAAUCGCAUCUACGACACCUUCCUUCUCAUCCAGAUGUUUAAAAAGGGUACUGCCUUUCUGAACGGCUUUAAUCUGGGCCGUUACUGGACAUCGGCGGGCCCGCAGAAAGCUCUGUACGUGCCGUCGGUGCUAUUCAGGAAGGGCGCCAACCUGCUCCUGCUGCUGGAACAAGAAGCUGUCCAGUGCAACUCCAGCCGAUCCAGGCCGUGCACAGUGGACUUUGUGUCCAGUCGACACUUCGAUGGGCCACUGCACUGGUCUGUCUAAUAAAAGGGUGCUCCCUACAGAAACCAUCGCAACAGAUUUCUUACAAAAGGUUCACAGGCAAUAAAUAUAUAUAUAUACAUUGA